ACGGAUUCUCGAGGGAAGUGGGGAGGGAAAAGCUUGGUAGUUGAAACGGGAGCAACAUCUCGGAGUCAGGGUGGGACUGCCGAACGGUACAGUCUCUCUUCCGUCGAUCAACAAACUCAACACAAUGGCGGAUAAGGAAAAGAAGAUCAAGAAGAAGAAGGCGAAAGAAGAAGCGCCCGCUGAGGAGGCAGCAGCCCCCGCUGAGAGACAAUCUUCCCGUGGCAGCCGUAAGGCUAAGCGCACUGGAUCCAAUGUCUUCUCUAUGUUCUCACAGAAGCAGGUCGCUGAGUUCAAAGAGGCCUUCCAGCUAAUGGACCACGACAAGGACGGUAUCAUCGGUAAGAGCGACCUCCGCGCCACCUUCGACUCCCUCGGCAGACUAGCCUCCGAGAAGGAAUUGGAUGAGAUGGUUGGUGAGGCUUCCGGCCCAAUCAACUUCACCCAGCUCCUCACACUCUUCGCGAACCGCAUGUCCGGAGGAUCAGACGAUGACGACGUUGUCAUCAACGCCUUCAAAACCUUCGACAAGGACGGCAGAAUCGACUCAGAGAAGCUCAGGCACGCACUCAUGACCUGGGGCGACAAGUUCUCCGGUGACGAAGUCGAUGAGGCAUACGACCAGAUGGACAUCGACGACAAAGGUUUCAUUGACACCCAGAAGCUUAUCACCAUGCUGACCGCUAGCGCUGAGGAUGAGGAAGGCGGUGAAGCCGCGUAAAUUGAUUCCACUACGAAGAGGUUGACCACCCGACCGCAGGUCCGCACGGAUUAAACGCGUUGCGAACCGAA